GCUCACGAGGGAUGAGCGCCAAAAAAAGAAGAAUCCGACUUCGAGGAAAUUAGGAAAUUAUUUCUCAAGAAAAUCUAUAUAGAUAAAAAUUGGAACAGACAAUAUCAUUCUUAGCAGACGAUUAGGGCGAAGAGAAAAGCAAGAGCCACCAGAGGCGGGAGAGAGGAAGGCAGCUGGCGAGCCGGGCAGUGCGUACUGGAGCAUCAGCAUCGACUCGCGCUCUCCGCUGUCAGCGCGCAAUCGGACUGUUUCCACGUCGCUUUAUUUAUAGCAUUUUUUUUUAUAUUUUAACAAGAUUGCUUCCUUAUUAUUUAUUUAUUUUUGAUUUUUACCUUGUGACUGAUUAUAGUGAAUUGACUUCAAUGAUGCAGCACCACAGGCAGUUCAUCUCACCUUUACUCAGCGGGGUUUUCUGCCAAUGCGAUUCUGCCGGAGCGAUCCCAAGCGCGGACCCUGGUGGUGGUGGUGGUGGUGGUGGUGGAGGUGGCGGCAGCGGUGCUGGUGUUGGUGGAAACGGCCGAUCGACGAGUUCUUCCAACUCUUCUCCACCCGCUACCCCACAGGAGACCUCCGAUCUGUCGGAACCUUGCGGCGGCGUAGUGUGCGGAGGACCGGACCAAGAGCAUCGUCUCAAAGUCCUCUUCCAAGUGCUGGAUGUGAAUAAAGACGGGGGCAUUUGCGUGAACGACCUGACCAUUGGACUCAAGAAGCUUGGGGUUCAUCGCACCGAGCACGAGUUGAGGAAAAUUGUUAAGGCUGGUGACAAAGAUCUUGAUGGCCAACUUGAUUUUGAAGAGUUUGUUCAUUAUCUCAGAGACCAUGAGAAGAAAUUGCGACUGGUCUUCAAGAGCCUGGACAAAAAAAAUGAUGGUCAUAUUGACUCACAAGAGAUUAUGCAGUCACUCCGGGAUCUUGGGGUACAUAUUUCUGAGCAGCAGGCAGAAAAAAUCCUGAAAAGAAUUAGGAAGGGUCAGUUCUGGGACCCUGUUGCUUACAUGGACAAAAAUGGGACAAUGACCAUUGACUGGAAUGAAUGGAGAGACUACCAUUUAUUACACCCGGCAGACAACAUUCCUGAAAUUAUCCUCUACUGGAAGCACUCCACGAUAUUUGAUGUGGGUGAAAGCUUGACUGUUCCAGAUGAGUUCACUGCUGAGGAGAAACAAACUGGAAUGUGGUGGCGGCACCUGGUGGCUGGAGGAGUAGCAGGAGCAGUAUCCCGGUCGUGCACUGCCCCACUUGACCGCUUGAAGGUGUUAAUGCAGGUUCAUGGCUCCAGAAGCAACAAGAUGUGUGUUAUGGGUGGAUUUGCUCAGAUGAUUCGUGAAGGUGGCAUAAGAUCUCUCUGGAGAGGGAAUGGGAUUAAUGUUAUCAAAAUUGCCCCUGAAUCUGCCAUAAAGUUCAUGGCCUACGAGCAGAUCAAACGUUUAAUAGGCAGCAAUCAAGAGACUCUGGGAAUACUGGAAAGAUUCGUAGCUGGCUCCUUGGCAGGAGCAAUUGCACAGAGCAGCAUUUACCCAAUGGAGGUGCUGAAGACUAGACUUGCAUUGCGAAGGACUGGUCAGUAUUCUGGAAUUGCAAAUUGUGCAAAGCACAUUUUCCAGAAAGAAGGCCUUAAGGCUUUCUACAAGGGCUACAUUCCAAACAUGCUUGGGAUCAUCCCCUAUGCUGGUAUUGACCUAGCUGUGUAUGAGACUUUGAAAAACUCUUGGCUACAGCGUUAUGCCACAAAUAGUGCUGAUCCUGGAGUUUUUGUCCUCCUUGCCUGUGGUACCAUCUCAAGCUCUUGCGGACAGCUUGCCAGCUACCCCUUAGCAUUGGUCAGAACACGAAUGCAAGCACAAGCCUCUGUAGAAGGAGCCCCUCAGAUGUCAAUGUCUAGACUUUUUGGACACAUUUUAAGGACUGAAGGAGCUUAUGGGCUAUAUCGAGGCCUGGCACCUAACUUUAUGAAGGUCAUACCAGCUGUCAGCAUCAGUUACGUCGUGUAUGAGAAUCUGAAAAUGACCCUAGGAGUCCAAUCUCAUUGAAAAGAAGAAAGUGGCAGUCGAGGAACUUUACAUUAGGACACAAUGAAUCUUGGGUAACAAGGCCUGGGAUUUUGCAGUUGCCUCAUUCUGUGAAUGGUUGAAACACUAGAAAAGAAGUGAAUUAAACUGUCUGAACAAGUAUCACUGUGAGACUGAGAGGACAGUGGGGGCUCUGAGUGCCUGCCUGCAACACCAGAAAGGUGUAUAACUGCAGUUAAUACACACUUGCUCAAUAAUUGCACAUGCCGAGACCAGAGAUUUUGUUUGGAGGAGAGGGACCAGUUUCUGUUUUCAGUGGUCACUUCUGUGUCCAGUGCUUUGUGUUUAGCUGCUUUUCAACACCAUUGAGCUUCAAGAUGCAGAAAAGAGGCACCUUGUCCUAAGGAUUACAAAGAAGCUAACAACCCCCACUUCACUCUUUAAGCAAUUAUUGCACCUAUGGUGGGAUGCUGACAGCUGAAACUCCACCUGCACGGUUUAAAAGAGAACCAAAUCACACUUGAAAGGGCUUGGUCUUAAGUUAACAAUGUGUUUUGUUGUUUUUCAUUGCACACUAAAAUCCUGUGAUCCUAACAAGUUUGAAGUUCAGCCUUUGGCGGGAUUGGUUUAUUUUAUUGUCUAUUUAUUGUUUACACUGUCUUUUUUUAUUUAUUUGAUUAGUUUAAUUCUAAUCUUUUUUUGGCAAAAGAACCAAACCUCUGAAGACAGGAUAGAAAACCUGACACCCACAUUAGCUGUGUGGUGACUCAUUUUGUUUUUUAGCCGUUUCCUUUUUUUUUUUAUCCUUGCAGGUGAGAAAUUACUAGUGUCUUAAAAUGUCUGAUCUGUGCAAAAUAGGGAUGUUGAAAUGUAUAAUUUAUUUUUAUAUAUGCAUAUAUAUAUAUAUAUAUCUUGCAUCGCUAACCAGAUUUAUUUAUUUAUAGUAUCCAGUUAAGAAAAACUAAAAGUAUGUCAGUUGGUCCUGUAUGAUUGCAUACUUGCAUGUUGAAAUGUAUGUUUAAUUAUCGUCCCUCCCAAAUGACUUUUCUUCUGUUUAACAUUUCAGAUGAUAAUGAUGAUAGUUAGGAACUCCCCCCUGCCCUCUCCCUUUAGUGGGUGUGUGUCUCUCGUGUUUGGUUUUUUUUUUGUUUUUUUUUUGUCUUGUUUUGUAAGUGCAGUGGUUAUAAAAUGUGAAGUCUGGUUGCUAGGAGCUUGCACUGUGAAAAUGACACUUACAGCACAGUCACUUUUACUUAUCAAAUGGUAGUUUUUGUAUCUCUAUCCCUAGACCCCCUCCCAACAACAAAGUUUUGUUACAUAAAACGUCCAACCAGAUUCACAGGCCAUCUGUAUUUAAAAGUAAAUAUUGUUGGAUUUUGAAUUCCGCAUGACUGUUUAAAAAAAAAAAAAAAAAAAAUGUAUUUUUUAGGUUUGAAAUGAUUAAAUAAUAAAAUGGAUUUUUUAAAAAUAUAUCUAUAGAUGUUAAUGUAGAAAAAUGCAUUCAAGAGAAAUACUGCUUUAAUAUUAAAUAUAACCAUACUGCCUAUUCUGUUAGUCAUUAUUACAUCUUGUCCAGUUCUCAUUCUGCCAUGAAUUUUGAUUUUGAUUGACACUGAUAUCAUUAAUACAGUCAACAACCUACAACCUAUUGACUUCACAACCUUUAUAGGAGAACAUGAGAGGAUCUUUCAUCUUCAUAUUAGAGGAGUGCAGUUAUUUGAUAAAAGUCUAAACAAUGAUAUCCAGUUAUUUCCUUUUUUUUGCUCAUUUUUAGCCCUGAUGGUUUGUUUUAUUUUUAAAUUAAUCUAACCAGCGACCUUUUCAAUGCCAGUGACGUUCACAUCUGAAUCUAUAUCUGAACUUUUUUCCUCCUGAUAUAUAUAUAAUAUUUUUUUAAUCUGAGUAAAAGUACAAACCACUAACAAUGACUAAGAUAUACAUUAAUACAAAUGCAUCAAAGCAUUUGAAACGGGAAACACCCACAAUGCUAUUUGUCCAUAUGCACUUACAUAUUUAGUAUUAAUAAGAUGCUCCUGCAUUGAAUGUUGAAAUGAGUGUUUUGUGCCUAAAUUGACCUUAAUACAGGAAUGCUGCUGCUAAUCUAAGCAUAGAUAAAACAUGUAUGUACUCUGUAUGAUAGACCUGAAUAUUCCCACUUUAUUUUCAGCAUUGAAAAUCUUAGCGUUGGUGUUUUGCUGCAUUUUUUUGUCCAUUUAAGAAUGUGAAUAAGUGUUAAUUCUUAUGAACGGACCAUGAUAGUGUCAAAUGUAUUAAAAGGAAAAAUUCUGUGUUGUGUUUUGCCUGUUAGGUUAACCUAUGCAUAUUUACGAAGAUUAUUCCAAUCAAAUUUCUUUACUAAUAUACUGCUGCAAAACAAAAAAGAAAGCAACCAUAGUUUUUGUAUUUGUAAGGAGGAGUAACAUCUUGCUUAGUAGGCAGUGUAUAUGUGUGUUUGAAGCUUAUGGGGGGGGGGUGGGGGGGGGUUGGCGGCACUGCCAUUUUUUUUUAAUUGAUUUGCAAAGUUCAAAGGGAGCAAAGAUCAAUGCAACAUGUUAUUGUCGAGAAUACAGUUGAUUAAGAUGGAAUAUCAUGUCGAUGAAUGUACCUGAUGGCUUGAUUGUUGACAUUGGAAACCUGCUCAAUAAAAGACUUCUUGUGGAUCAAUAAA